CCCUCCACAGGUUAGGAAUCGAAAGGAAUGAUGGGUUGCUGUUGCUGAGGCUGCUGGGUUCAAAAGGAAACAAUGCAGUCGUAAGGGAAGGAAUCAAUUUUAAAUAUAACUUGAGUUAUUAAGGAUGGAGAAUUCAAAUUCUUCAAGUGAGGAUGACCCAGAUAUGGUAUUUAUGGAUGAUUCUUCCUGUGCCAAUGAUGGUAUCAAACAAGAAGUUGAAUGUCAUGUUAAUGUGAAGGAAGAAGUGGUGGAAGAAGAGGCUGUCGACAGCUCUGACAUGAUAUACAAUUCUACAGUUCUGCCUGAUGUGCUCGUACCUUUUGAAGUGAUAACUUUGCCUGACAUGUCUCAAGCAAUUAUUCCUGCUGGCACUUACAACGGUACCGAAUUAUCGAUUCAACAAGUCGAGGAGCCAGAAGAUGAAGCAGAAGAGAAUAAUCAAGUAGAAUAUCAAGUUGAAAACAAUUCCAACUCCCCUGAGACGAUUCAGACUGGGGAGGAAACUCAAUUGAAUGAAGUGAUUGAGGAAAAUGUUAUAAUGCUGAGUAACGGCACUUACGCUUAUGUCCACAGUGAACCACGAGAGGGCUGCAGCUCGAUUACGCUGGACGACGGCUCGACGGCGUACAUCACGUACCUGACGGUGACCGGCCAGGAGAUGAUGGAAGAGGAGACAGUGGUCGAGGAGACGGUGCAGAUGGAGGAGAGGACCCACCAGGUCAACCCCGACAAGAAGCCCAAGCAGACCUUCAAGUGCAACUACGCCGAGUGUCCGCGCGUCUUCAGGACCUUUCAUCAUCUCAAAGUUCAUGAGCGGUCGCACACCGGAGCCAGGCCGUACCUGUGUCCCGAGCCGGGCUGCCUCAAAGCAUUCGCCACAGAUUACAGCAGGAAAGCGCACAUCAGGACGCACACGGGCGAGAAACCAUAUCACUGCAACGAUCCGCACUGCAAUAAGAGCUUCAAAACAUCCGGAGAUCUCCAGAAACAUAGGCGCACGCAUACAGGAGAAAAGCCGUUCAUGUGCCCAGUUGCAGGUUGUGAUAGAUCCUUUACCACAUCAUACAUUCGAAAAGUUCACAUUCGUACUCAUACUGGGGAAAAACCAUACGUUUGUACCCAUCCUGGAUGUGAUAAGUCUUUUGCGUCGGCAACUAAUUUUAAAAAUCAUACAAGAAUCCAUUCAGGAGAGAAACCUUUUGUAUGCGAAUAUCCGGACUGUCAGAAAAGGUUCACAGAAUACUCGUCUCUGUACAAACACAACUUGGUGCAUUCGAAAGCGAGAUCGUAUCAUUGCGAGAUGUGCAACCGCAGCUAUCGUCAGGUGUCCUCAUUCAACGUCCACAAGCGCACAUUCCACGGUAUCAUGACGGCAGACGACGGCACUGAGAUUGUCGUCAGCAUGGACUAUCUCAACCUCACAAACAGACAGAAGAAGCGACGCCUAAAGAGCUUGGGCAUCAAUAUUGAAGAAGAACCUAAGCGUGUUGAAGGAUCCUCAAGUCAGGAAGAAAGUUCUGCUAUUCAGGCAGACAGUGAUGGAGUCUCCCAACUAGAAUUGAAAAGUAGAAAUGAUGUGACAGCUUACAAUGACCACAUAAGGAAAUAUUUCACCUUCCUAAAGCCAUUCGUUUGUGAAUACAAUGGAUGUGAAAAGAGGUUCACAGAGUAUUCAUCGCUUCGCAAGCAUCACUUGAGGCAUUCGAAAAAUCUGGUGUGUGGACUGUGCGGCGAGACGUUCGCACGAGCCAAAAUGCUGAGCAAGCACAAGCAGGCCGUGCACAAUCUGUUCGAAACCGAUGAUGGCGCAGAGGUGCAUGUCAGCCAUCUUGUCGGCCUUGAUGCCAGCAACGUCAAGAAUGUACUCAGCACUGUUCUCAGUCUUGACAAAGACGAAAAUGGCUUCGUGACAUUUCAAUCCACUGUGAAUCAACUGAGUGAUGAAAUUGAUGACGAAAAUCAAAUUUAUAUUUUGACUGAAGAUAAUCUGGAUGAAACGCUACAGACUAUAAAUGAAGUAACAGGGUUGGAAGCUGAUCUGGAUCAUCUAGCCGAAUAGCAUUUAUUUUCCUAGAUGCUGCGAGGACGUUGAAUGUUCAUUCAUGAUUAGUCAAUAGUCGUCGAGUUCCGACGGCAGAUACAGCCCGAGCCACACGAUAUUCAUUUUUAUGAUUACCUGCUAUUGCUAUCAUUAGGGUCGUAAGAUGUGGACAUUUAAAACAAUUUUUCAGAAUCGGGCUGCAUAUUAAUGCGAUACUGCCAAAAGAUGGGUGACCACUAGUAUGACUGUAUACGUGCUCUUGAAUGACUUUACCUUGGAAAGUUAGGGCCUUUUCUUCUCUCAUAAUUUCCCACGCACAAGUCCUAAAAUCAGUAUUUAAUUUCCAUAAGUAUAUGUUUAGGAAGUGAUUAUUUUGUAUUCCCUUAAUCCCACUUCAAGUUGAUUGGUGGUCUUUGAUAAUCUUAUAAGCCACUCUUUAGAUGGCUGCAAAAGCAACCAAUCAAUAAUAUGAAAUACUAUCGAGAAACUCUUUACUUUCAUGCAUGAUUAAGUGUCUAUCUAAAUAUUACAGUAUUCUAUUUCAGAGUAGAAAACUUCAUUAGAACUUAUGAAUUUGAUGUGCAUCCAAUAUUUUCAAAAUGUAAAUAAUUAAUCUCAAGCGAGAAGAUAUUGUAUUAUCUUCAUUUUAUUUUAAUUGGAGAAGGCUUAAGGUGGGUUUUCGUUUGUGCAUAUACUUUCGAUGUCGACCGCGACUCUCGGUCGGGCUCGAACAAAAUGGCCGACUGCCUCUGUGCUAAAUCAAUCGUUCAUGCAAAUUUUCACUGCGGACCAAACAUCGUACGCGUUCGAUUGCGGCAGUAUUCCUAGAGAAGCAUUCCUUGGCUGUCAGCAGGGAAGCCUAUCUUAAAUAUCUUGUAGAAGAACACCGGGAAAACCAAAAUGAAAUUGUUCAAAGUUAUAAACUAUUAUUAAAAAAUCAGAAUAGUAAAGAUUACUGGAAAGUAUUAAGAAAAUUGAAAUAAUGGAAAAAUGUAUACUGUGAAAAUAUAAAAAUUUAAGAAGAAAUUUAUAUCGUAUUUGAUGGAUUAUUUUCUUAAAUGAGUCACAAUUAUUGGAGAUUUUUGAAUAGACAAACUGUAAAAUGUAAUAUGAUAAUUCAUCAUUCUCUUAUUUUUCUUUUUAUAGAAAGAACUGAUAAAAUUCAUAUCCAUUAGGUAAGUGCCGUAGGCUAUUCGCUGGGCAUCAUUAGCAACAAUGAUUUAAUGAAAUAGAUUGUUAUUAUUUGAGGGUAUGAUGGUUCCUAUCAAUAACUAUGUAAUAUAUAUUUAUAUUAUAACAUAUAACAACAUUUUUCAUGUGUUUGUGGUACUUUUUCAUUCAAUUGACCUAACUUUGGUCUGAAUGUGCGACGUUUGAAAUUGCGACCGAAUCGUGCAAAGGAAAACGCUUCAUCCGCUGUCGACCACGGGUUUUCAGCCAUCUUGAAAUCGAGCCCGACCUGGUCGCGGUCGACGUCGGAAGUUUACGCAUAGACCAAAAUCCACUUUAAGGGCCCCAUACACUAGGGAACUUGGAUCGGCGAAUUUUGUUCGGGGGACCAAGUUCGUGUAGGAUUUGUCCCACUCACUGUAGUGGCGAGAGCGAACAAACGUUCGUUACUUCAGUGUCUUUCGGGGUCUAGAGAUGAGUGUUUCAAAGUUUGCUGCUGCUGUGGGAAGAAAAUAGAAUAUAUCGCCCUAGCGGAAGAACCGAAUAAUUUUUUUAAAAUCCAGAUUGAAGAUCAAAUUCGUCACGAAUUUGGUUCGCGGUUCGCCAAUUUUCCACAUAAACUGGAAAACUUGGUUCGCCGAUCCAAGUUCCCUAGUGUAUGGGACCCUUUAAGCUGUCGUUUUCUUUGACUGACCUUGUGAUAAGUUAGCUUAUACGAACUAAAGUAAUCACUUUAAUCACUAAAGUAUUAGUCCAGUCAAAUGGUCGUUUUUCAGGAAACAGCCCCGAAAUAAUUUUUCUCGACGGUUCUAUAUAUUUUGGGGCGCUGAAUUCGAAUCUGAAAUUCACUGACACGCCCGUGGGCGGCUUCACCCCCAAAAUGUCGGACUUGUUUUAAUUUUUCCAUUUAAUCUCGAUAACCUUGAGUUUUUAGAGAAAAAGCAUUCUUUACCAGAUUGAAGAUAAUAAAAUUUCCAAUAAAUUGAGUGGUCGCGCAGGACUACCAUUUUUGGUUCUGGAGCUACGAAUUUUCAAAAAAGGGGUAUUUUUAAGGGGUUUUCAAAAUUAUGCAAACCUACCACUUCUACCUUAUACAACCUUCAUCUUUUUCUAGUAAUGAUAGAAAAUUACACAUCACGUGAAAGAACAAUAUUAAUUCUGAACAGGAUUUCUUAGGAAUAUUCGAAUUUAGAAGAGGGGGGAGGGAGAAUACACCCAAAAAUAGAAAAUCAUGUCCUACAGCCAAAAUACAAAUUCUCAUUAUAAUACCUUUUCAAGGCCUAUCUAACAAAAAAGAGACAUAUUUCGGCUGAAAUCAUCUUACGAGGAUUAUGUUCUAUGAGAAUCACCCGUUAGAUACACUUAAUUUCGGUAUUUCCUAGUGGGGAGGGGGGCACGCAUAAGGAUAAACAUUUUAAACACUUAGCUCGUCAAGGCGGUUCGAAAUCAUGUAUCAUAACUGAAAUUUGAUAAAAAAAAUAGAAAAUUCCUCCUUAAGUGUAUUUCAACCCAUAUUCCCUUACACAAAAAAUGGCCAAUUUCUAUAUUCAAAACUGUUUAUCUCGGUAACCCGAAAUGAUAAAAAAUGGUACUUGGUCUUGAUUUGAAGAACGAAAUCUCCUCUUUCUUGUGAGGUAAAUGAUUUUUGUAAAAAUAUAAUCAUGAAGUAAAAUAAAAUUGUUUCAAAAAAUCGAAAAAUUUGCGAUAUUUUUCUCAUUUUCACAGUCACGACAGUUAUUCGAUAAUAAACAGUGAUACAAGAUGGAUUUAAGGCAACUCAGAGCAUGGAAUUCUCUUUCAUUUGAGACCAAUCGCAAGUUUCUAUCAUGUAUCAUACUCGAUUUAAGAGACUCUUGAAUAACAGUAGAAUCGCAAGAAAACUGAGAAAAUGAUAAUCAUUUUUUCAAUUGGCUGUAACUUUUAAACGGUAUUGAAAUCAGAAGUAUGAUUUAUGGGAGUCAAAAGAGGAGAAAAUUCUCUACAACCUUGACUACUUUUCGGAUUUUUUAUCUGAAGUGUUUCACAAGAUACGCAACUUUGAAUAUGCGAGAAAUUUGUGAUAUUUUCUCCAUUUUCACAGUCUCGCAUAUUCAAAGUUGUGUAUCUUGUGAAACACUUCAGAUAAAAAAUCUUGUAUAGGGUAAAAGUGGUAGGUUGGAAUAAUUUUGAAAGAUCCUUAAAAAAUACCCCUUUUUUGAAAAUUCUUAGCUCCAGAACCAAAAAUGGUAGUCCUGCGCGACCACUCAAUUUAUUGGAAAUUUUAUUAUCUCCAAUCUUGUAGAGAAUGCUUUUUCUCUGAAAACUCAAGGUUCUCGAGAUUGAAUUGAAAAAAGUCCGAAAUUUUGGGUGUGAAACCACCCUCUGGAGUGUCAGCAAAUUUCAGAUUCGAAUUCAGCGCUCCAAAAUACAUAUAUAGAACCGUCGAGAAAAAUACUAUCGGGGCUGUUUCCUGAAAAACGAUUAUUUUAACGACUGGACUAUUAUGUACAUUGUUAGCUGUAAGCUCUACUUAUAGUGUAAAGUAUGAAGAUAUCAUAUGCAACUAUUGUAUCAAACUAUAAAUUUGUUAAUAAAUCAUCGAUGUUA